AUGUCUGCUAAUCAUCUCCCAAGGCUUUCCCAGCUCAUUCACAUGGCUACCCCUGACCUGGUUGAAGUGGAGAAGGCCAUGCUGAGGGAGCAGUUUGUCACUGCUUCUACAGCUUUGGUCACUGAGGCUAGGUGCCUCCUGGAUGACAAGGAGGAACUGUGGGAGGAAAAGGUGUUGUGGAUGCACUGGUGGGAGAAGAGAACAGGUGAGGGCUAUCCCAUUGUUGAACAUGGUCAGGCACUGGGGGUCAACAUGAGGAUCAAUGCAGUGGAUGGGCCAAUCAUGGCAGAGGCUGAUGAGGCCUACAAGAGGUGGGCUACAGAGGAGGUUGCCAUGGCAGUGCAUGGAGGGGUUGACAAGGAUGUGCAAAUGGGAGGGGAGGCCAUGCAGGAGGUUGGACCUGUACAAAAGUGGUCUUGGCAGAUGGUCAUGGAGAGCAAGGAUGAGGCUGAGACACCCAAGGUCAUGGUUCUGCUGGGGUCCAUCCAUCACAAGGAGCCUUGCAUGAGGGCUGUGAGAAAUCCACAACAGCUGGAAGGAAGGCAAAGGUGGGUGCUUUGGUUGGUCUGGGGCCAACAGCUUGUAGUGCAGACCUUGAGGGCUCCCAAGGCUGGCUCAUCCAAGAAGGUGGCCAAUGAUGAUGACAAUGACAAUGUUGAAGUGGUUGAAAGCCACUCACACAUAAAGGGAAAGGCCCCAGUGCAUGGUGGGCUCAACAGCAAGGUCACAGCAGACCUGUUGCAGGCUGAGGCUGCAGAGUCACAGGACAUAUACCUGUGCCUUCAAGUUCACAUUGACCAGCUUGCAGAGGUGCUGGAGAAAAUAGGGGUUGAAUAA